UCCUAGAAAUGAACUACAAAGAGGCAGUGAUAGCAGCUGUGAAGUAUGGUGAGACAGUGCCAGUGCUGGUAAAUGGGAAGCGUGUGAAAAUAAGCGUAGCAGAAAAACCAAAAGCACCUCCUAGCCAGGUCAAAGUAAGUCUAAAGAAGGCUCCACAGAAUGUAAAGAAAGCUGCAUUGAGUACAAAAAAAGAUGGAAACAGUACUACUACUAAGAAGACUAAAUCUGUUACUCCAGCUGCUUCUGCAGCAAAAUUAACAAAAGCCGGACAAACCGCAACAAAAGCAGUUAAACUUUCUGGUAAACAUGAAGUAACAAAGAAACCGGCGGUGCAAACAGAUAGUAAAACUAAGAAAACUUCAGCCACUUCAGCAAAACCUAAUGAAAAGAAGCGUAUUGAUCCUAAGAAGUCUGCAGAAUCCAAAAAGAAGGAUGCAAAACCUAAGAAAGUCACAGAACCGAAGCGGGCUGUAGAGACUAAGACGGCCGCAGAAUCUAAGAAGGCUGUAGAGGCUAGGAAGACCACAGAACCUAAGAAAGCUGGAGACGAUGAGGCCAAAGAAAUUAGUAAACCUGUAGCUGUGCAAGAGAAAAUUACACUGACUUCUACUCUGGAGGUGGAAUCAAAUCAGUCUAUGGAAUCUGUAGCCAACAAAGAAAAUCUUGAGGCCAAGAACACUGUGGAAGUGAAGACAGCUGAAAGUACCAAGAAGGAAAAUGCUUCAAAAGCUACUGCAGAGUCUACAAAGAGCGAAGAACCAAGUGAGCCAGCUAGCAAGGAACUUGAUGACAUGUGUGUUGUUCUUAUUUCAAACUUACCUGAUAAAGGAUAUUCUGUUGAGGAAGUUUCCAACCUAUCAAAGCCAUUUGGAGGACUGAAAGAUGUUUUAAUUUUGUCUUCUCAUAAAAAGGCAUAUCUGGAAAUAAAUCAAAAAUCUGCAGAUUCCAUGGUUAAAUUUUAUACCUGCUUCCCAAUGUCAGUGGAUGGAAAUCAGCUUUGCAUUAGUAUGGCACCAGAAUACAAGAACAUAAAAGAUGAGGAAGCUAUAUUUACUGCUAUUAUUAAAGAUGCCAACUCGAAGGUAAAUACAGAAACUUUAUAUAAUCAGUUUGUGCAUCUUGGUAAUUUACCAGAUGAUGGAUACACAGAACUUGAAGUAGUUUGCGUGGGACUUCGAUUUGGGAAAGUGGAUCACUAUGUUGUGUUGAAGAAUAAAAAGAAGGCAAUUCUUCAGCUAGAUAGUCCUGACUCAGCUAAAUCAAUGUGCUGCUUCCUAAAACAGUACCCAUAUAACAUGGGUGAAAAUACACUGACUUGUAUGCUAUCACCAAGAACAGAACUUGCAGAGGCUGAAGUUACAAAAAAAGAGCUGAAAAACCAAGAACCAAGUAAAGGAAGCUCUGACUUGAAAAAAAAACCAGAGGGAUCAGGAGUGGUGCAAACAGCAGCUGCUAAUCCUCCAGUAGAGACUAGUGUGGCAAAGGAAGAAAUCAUUUCCAACUCUGUCAAAGCCAAGACUUCAACAGUGCAGAUAGAAGCCUCUGAGUUGGAGCCUGAAAGAACGGUAUGUGAUUCUGCUACAAAACCAUCGGAAGUUGAAACAUCCAAGGGGGAAUCUGAAGUUGCAGUUACUGGCUCAGAAACCAAACCAGCUGAUGAUGAAUUAUCCAAAGUUAAAUCAGAAGAGAUCCUGCUGCCUCCUUUCAACCUUCAGAAGGAAGAGGUAGUUAAAGAUAACUCUGAAACAGAAUUGUUGGAAUCUGCUAUCACAACUGUAACAGAAAGAGAAACUAAAGUGAAACCCGAAGAAUUUCCUGUUCCUGCCAGUGGAUCAUCAGAAGAGUUAUCCAGUGUGGGCAAGCUAGAAGAUGUGCAGUCAGACUCUGCUGUGAAACCAGCAACAGUGGAAACAGCUGAGGCUGUUUCUGAAGCAGUGCCACCUGAUUCUGCUGCAGUUUUGGUAGAAAUGCUGUCAGCUGAAGACAUACAACCAAGCAACAAAUUGGAUACUCCUGUAAAAAAUGCUGUUACUGAUACAGUGGAAACUAAGCUUGAAAUACCUGUGGCCAGUGCUGUGGGGUCUAUAGAGAAGAAACCAGAAAAGUCAGUGGCCAAAGUUGGAACAGCCUUGGAGAAGAAACUGGAAAAGUCAAUGGCUAAGAUUGGGACAGCCACGGAGAAGAAACUGGAGAAGCCUGUAGCCAGCAUUGGGAUGGACAUAGAGAAGAAACCCGAAAAGCCUGUGGACAACGUUGGGACAGAUGUCGAGAAGAAACCCGAAAAGCCUGUGGACAAUGUUGGGACAGACACAGAGAACACUGAAAAAAAUGUGCUGAAUGAAAAGAAUGAGCGAACUUUAAUCAAGGCACAUCAAAAUAAAGGACCAGGACAAAUUAAAAUAGACGAAACCAGCAAAGCAAGUACGUCAGCUGCAGCAUUUGUAUCCAUCAAGGAACCUACCUCUGUUGGUAAAACAAUCUUAAAGGCUGUGGUGUCUAUCCCUGAUAUAUCAAAGUCAAGAGUUAUGAUGCGGAGAAAUGAGACUUCUCUAACUAAAACAGAGGAGCAGAAAGCUUCCUCAAAACCUGAGACCAGAAGCAGAUCUGCUACUGAGAAGAAACUUUCAUCAAAAGAAGUGGGUCAACCAAGAGCUACUGGCAGCAGAUCAAGUCUGCCAGAUAGCAUCACCAAACCUAAACUGGACAUGAGUCCUGUUGUUGUAAAGGCAGGCAGUGGGAGGAGUUCAUCUCAGCAAGACAAGGACUCAAGAGUGGAAUCUAGGGGUAGUUCAAAGCAGUCUCAGGAGAGAGAGAGUAGAUCAUCCAGCAUGAAGAAAGACGACAACAGCAAUAAGGUUCCUGCUGGUCGAAUUAGUAAGAAUUCUAAAACUGUCUGUAGUGGCAAUGUAAAAUCAAAAGAGGAAGAAGAGCUUUUCCCAUUUAACUUGGAUGAGUUUGUUACUGUGGAUGAGGUUGUAGAAGAGACAGACUCUCCUCUUCAAACCAGACGAAAUCCACCCCGGGGGAAAAGAAAAGACUCUGCUAAAAAUAACGCUUCCUCUGAGCCUAUUGCUAAGAGGAAGAAAGGUAAAAGCUCCAUAGCACAUGUUGCUGAGAGCGACUUAUCCUUUGUCACUUUGGAUGAGAUUGGAGAAGAGGAGGAGAUGACUGCACAACUGGUAGGAGACUCCAAUUUAGAAGCAAUAACAGACCCACAGGGUCUAGUUACUGUGGAUGAAGUAAAUGAAGAAGAGGAGCUGAUUUCAGAAGCAGUAAAAGACCCACAAUCACUUGUUACUUUAGAUGAGAUAUCUGAACAGGAAGACUUUUCUUCACAUGAUGUACCUAAAGAUGUCUCCAGUUCAGUUUAUGAGGAGCAAGAUCUUCUGAAAGCAGAACCCUUGGUAACUGUGGAUGAAAUAGGAGAAGUUGAAGAGCUCCCUCUAAAUGAGCCUUCAGAUUUGAAUAUUGAGGAGACCUUAAAACCUAAGGAAGAGGAUGAUAAAAGGGCUAUUGAGGAUCCUGGAGACUUUAUCUCUUCUCAGCUGCCUGAAGAUCCUAGUACUUUAGUGACAGUAGAUGAAAUACAGGAAGACAGUGAUGAUCAGCCUCUAGUAACUUUAGAUGAAGUUACUGAAGAUGACGAAGACUUUUUGGCAGAUUUCAACCGUUUAAAAGAGGAACUAAACUUUGUUACUGUAGACGAAGUUGGGGAGGAGGAUGAAGAGGAAGAAGAAAAUACUUUUAUAGGCACAAACCUGGAAGAGGAGGAUAUUGUUGCAAUUGCAGGACCAGAGGAAAUGGAAAUUCUGGCAGAUAUAGGGCCAGAAGAGGAGGAUGAUAUUGCAAACUCGAAGUCAGAAGAAAAGGAGACUCUUGAAGCUGACACAAAGGAAAUAGAAAAGGAGACCCUUGUAGCAGAUACACAGGAGGCAGACAAGGAGGCACUUUCAGCAAAUAAAGAGGAGACUGAAAAAGCUGAAAUUUGGAACAAGACAAGUGAAAAAGAGAUCAAAGGAGAAACUGAGAGUGAGCAGCGGUCUGCAGAGCUAAGCCUGAGCAAAGCGCAUGACUCAAAUGAAAUGGGGAGACAAACUAAGAACAAGCAGCAGCCUCCAGUGAAAACCCCAGGCAAAAGAGGUAGACCUAGGAAAAGACCAAUUGUUCCACCACCUGAGACACCUGUUGAAACAGAGCAAGAAAAGUGUGACAAGAACACUGAGGAGGCAGCAGAUAAAACAGAGUUAGUGGAAGGCUCAACAUCUGAUUCCAAGAAGGAGAAAAUAGGAAAGGGAAGCUUGACUACCCCAGAAUCACAUCGUUUGAGUGAAGACAGUCAGGCUGCAACUGUUAAAGCGCCAGAUACAGAAUCGGUAUUACCUGAUCUAAAUGCAAGUCUGCUGCCUGAUGCAGAUAUAAAGCAGGAAGGCUGCAGUGAGACGCCUUCACAAUCUUCUGAAAAAACGGUGAAAGAUGAAUUUGGAUCAGGAGAUACGGAACCAGAGUCUAAACGAAGAAAAGUGGAUUCCUCAGCAGAUAAAUCCAAGACACCAAGCACUCCAAAAGGUUUAGAUUUUCUUGUUCCAAAGGCUGGCUACUUCUGUCAGAUCUGCUCUCUCUUCUAUGCAGGUGAAAUGUCUAUGAAAAAUCAUUGCAAGACACUGCGUCAUCAGCAGAAUAUGGAGAAAUUCAUGGCCAAGCAAAAGGAUGGGGAAGAUGAGGAGGAAGAUGAGGGGGAAGAACUUAGUUCCAGGUGAUCUCAGGAGGAGAGAAGAAUUCUUUAAAACAAUUUAAUUUAGGGUCCAGUAAAUUUUGUGUCUUUUGUUAUGAUUUAAUUUGUAAUUUUGUUUCAGAAGCAAACUCUGAUGUUGUAUAAAUUUGAGUUCAAGGUAGACAAAGACAGAGAAGAAAAUGUAUGGUGGUUUUGAUUUCUAUAUCAAAUCAUCUGGCUUGGGAGAGAUCUCUUAAGUGUUGAAAUAAAUGUUCUUACUGUAUAGUUAACACCAUGUGAUUGUGUUUGGUGUAAUUUCAUGUUUGGCAAUUUUACUGCAUCACUGUAGAGGAUUUAUGGAACCUCUUCCAGAGAUCCACAUUUAGUGUUUCUUUGCAGAUCUUAGCUAUUGAAAUUUCAAUCUUCACGUUUCAUGUAGAGCUGGGUGAAUUGUCUUCCGAGAACAGUAAAUUGAUUGAAAAAUA